AGUUUUUAUCACCAGUUGACUAAGCAUGACAGUGACCAACAUAAACCUGAAAAAAACUUAUCAUUUCUUCAUACGCAUCGCAGAAUCUCAAGAGGGGGGGCGGGGAACAUACAAUCAAGAAUCAACACAUCAAAACGAAAAGAAAAGAAAAGAAAAAAACACAGAGACAUUAAGCGUAGAAAUCAUAAGUAGCUUGGUGUUUGGGACAUGCAAGGUCAACAAGAUAUAAGAAGAGAUUCAUUCCUAGUGCAAAUCGAAAAUCCCAAGACAAAGUUAGUAAGCAUUAGUUUGAAGAGCAUUAGACAACAUAGGACAUGAGGUAAACAGAUCUUACUAUGUUGAACUUACCUUGCAAUGACCUGUGACCACGCUCAGUGGCACAGUGUUGCAAACCAAACCGAGUCAGAGAAACGAAGGCGAAGAGGGGACCAACUUAUGAGCCCAGUUUCACUAUUUCAUUUAGAUGCAUAAACAUUUUUUUAGACUUAAAAAAGUUUUUGAUCCAAACUCUCGUUUACAAACUAUAAUCCAAACACACACUUAAAAGUCAGUUAAUCAAUUAAUUUUAAUUUUAAUGUCAAUACUCAAUUCCAAUUAAUUGUUGCUACCUUCAAUGCUCAUAUAAUAACCAGUAUUUAUAUGUUAAAUGGGCCAUGAAAUGGAACAAUUUACAGAAGCGCUUAAUUUGGGUUAAAUGGGCCGGAGUCCAUACUCAGCCCAAUAACUCGUAUCCUAACAAAAAAAAUAACGAUUUCCGUUCAUCGUCAGUGGUGAAGUGAAGAAGAAGGAAGAAGAGUGAGCUGCGGCUCUUGGCUGUAGCUGAGUCUCAAAACGGAAUCUGUAUGAGAAUGCCUCGAAACGACGACGUUCGCGUCAUUUCUUCCUCGAUUAGAAUCCCACCUCCUCCCAAACCCCUAUGCCCCUUGGAAACCGCGCGUUCUCACAUCGCUCAACUCGUUCGCUCCUUCAACUCUCACUCUAACGAGUUGACUCGUUCCGUACUCCUAUGCUGCGCCACGCUCUCCCUCACCGGCCAAAGGAGACCGUCCUCUCCGAUUCUCUGCUCCGCUUCGCUGUCACUUGCCGAUUCGACUCAGCCGCAGGAAAGUCAGCUCAAGGGGAUAUCUUCGUCUUCUUCUCCUGCUUCGGUUCGACAGAGCGAAGAGAGGGUUCUGAUCAGCGAGGUGCUGGUUCGGAAUAAGGACGGCGAGGAGCUCCAGAGGAAGAACCUUGAGGCGGAGGCGCUGCAAGCACUCAAAGCAUGUCGAGCGAACUCGGCUCUUACGGUGCGUGAGGUACAAGAAGAUGUGCAUCGCAUCAUCAACAGUGGCUACUUCUGUUCCUGCAUGCCCGUUGCCGUUGACACGCGCGAUGGUAUCCGAUUGGUGUUUCAGGUAGAACCAAAUCAAGAGUUCAAAGGGUUGGUGUGUGACGGAGCUAAUGUUCUUCCGGCUAAGUUCUUAGAGGAUUCCUUUCGAGAUGGAUAUGGAAAAGUUAUCAACCUGAGGCGCCUGGAUGAAGCAAUUUCUUCUAUCAAUGGCUGGUACAUGGAGCGUGGUCUAUUUGCUAUGGUUUCAGCAGUUGAGAUUCUUUCGGGGGGUAUUCUGAGAUUGCAAGUGUCAGAGGCUGAGGUCAACAAUAUCUCCAUACGGUGUCUGGACAGGAAGACAGGUGAGCCCACUAUAGGGAAGACAAAACCAGAAACAAUACUGAGGCAAAUUACAACCAAGAAGGGGCAGGUUUACAGCAUGCUUCAGGGAAAAAGAGAUGUGGAGACUGUACUAACUAUGGGGAUAAUGGAGGAUGUUAGCAUUAUUCCUCAACCAGCAGAUACAGGGAAGGUUGAUAUGGUGAUGAAUGUGGUCGAACGUCCUAGUGGGGGAUUUUCUGCUGGUGGUGGAAUAUCAAGUGGGAUUACAACUGGUACACUGAAUGGACUCAUUGGAAGCUUUGCCUAUUCUCAUAGGAAUGUUUUUGGGAGAAACCAGAAACUAAACAUUUCCUUAGAGAGGGGUCAGAUUGACUCAAUUUUUCGUAUAAAUUACACAGACCCUUGGAUUCAAGGAGAUGAUAAACGAACAUCCAGAACAAUAAUGAUUCAGAAUUCAAGAACACCUGGGACAAUGGUUCAUGGUGAUCGGGAUGGCAACAUUAUCCUGACCAUUGGCCGCAUCACAGGUGGUAUAGAGUUUAGUCGACCAAUCAGACCAAAAUGGAGUGGCACGGCAGGACUUCUUUUCCAGCAUGCUGGAGUCCGUGAUGACAAAGGGGUUCCUAUCAUCAAGGAUCAAUACAGCAGUCCUCUUACUGCAAGUGGCAAUAAUUAUGACGACACAUUGCUGGCUAAAGUUGAGACUGUUUACACUGGUUCGGGUGACCAUGGAUCUUCUAUGUUUGCCCUUAACAUGGAGCAGGGGCUUCCUGUUUUGCCUGAAUGGCUAUCCUUUACUAGGGUGAAUGCACGGGCUAGGAAGGGCAUUGAGAUAGGUCCUGCUCGCCUUAACUUAAGUGUUUCUGGUGGUCAUGUGAUGGGAAAUUUCCCUCCCUAUGAAGCAUUUGCAAUUGGUGGAACAAACAGUGUGAGAGGCUAUGAUGAAGGUGCAGUGGGCUCCGGUAGAUCAUAUGUUAUUGGCUCUGGAGAAAUUUCUUUCCCAAUGUUUGGGCCGGUAGAAGGUGUUCUAUUUUCUGACUACGGAACUGAUUUUGGAACAGGCCCAAGUGUCCCUGGUGACCCUGCCGGUGCAAGGUUCAAGCCUGGAAGCGGAUGCGGGUGUGGGUUCGGCAUCCGUGUGGAUUCACCUUUGGGUCCUUUGCGCCUUGAGUAUGCCUUUAAUGACAAGAAAGACAAGAGGUUUCACUUCGGAGUUGGCUACAGAAACUGAACAUUCUUCCCAUGAACAAUUCUUAACAAGCACCUCUUAAUUGUUUCUUAUAUACAAUUCUUAGCUUGCAUAGUGUAUCAUUUUUUGGUAAAAAAGAAAGGCAGUGAAAGUGUUUUGUAUUGCUCAGAUGAAAUGGUUGAUCUGGGUUUCCUAUGUUUAUGCGUUGAAAUCUGUUGCUACACGUGGCACUCAGUCCACGUUCCAAUUGGAACACGUGAAAGGACAUCGUAGAGAACCAUUGAAGAUGGUAGUUGGCUAAAUUGAAGAGGGUUUCGUGUACAACUUCGUUUACUUUAUGGAGCCAGAUAAAUGUUCUGCACUUCUCCGACGUACGAAAAUGGAGGAAGAAAAAAGGGGGGUUACUAAUUUCUCAAGCUAAGAACAUUAAAUUGAGAGUUAUCGAGUAAAAAUAAGAUUAAAAUUGUUUAUGAUUUGUGUUUGGGUGGCUACAAUAUAAUAAGGGUUGCCGACAAACAUAAACAAAAGAAUGUGAAUGAGUUGAGAUACCCAAUCCGACAAGGAAGAUGGCAAACUCCGCGGAAGUGUCAGGACAGUAAAUGCUGACAGUUUGUGUUAGCGAACUCAAUCCCAUAACCAAUAACAAAGUACAACUCUAUUAAUUUAUGUGGUGAUCCUUUUACUGUUCAAUAUCCAUGAUGCUAAAACUAAAAAGAAUAUCACACACACUACUUCCCUCCGUAUAUUAACUUCUCCAUCUCUGUCACUUUCACUCCCCAAA